AUGGAUGAAGGGAAGAUUGUUCUGGUUGGUAACGAAUCGGAUGUACUUCACUGCGGUUAUAGUCACGCAAUUUCAGAUGCAGGGAAAAGGUAUCCAAGUGCAGUUCACUACACACAUUCUAUGAUUCUCAGCCAGCUGGGCGUGGAUGAAAAUGUGAUAUUGGAACUGCUCUGUACAUCAGCUUGCGACGUUCCUCUCAAGGCUCGCCAACUAUUGUUGGAAAAUAUGCCUGCUGGGCAUGAUAUGAACUCACUUGCUUCUUAUUUACAAAGUAGCAAGCAGGCGUAUUCAAUGCAAGGGCUUAGACUGCGUGUUGAUCAGGACAAAUUAUUCGAGAAAGCGCUAAUGAACACGAAAGAUGCACUUCUCAUCGUUUGUGAUCCUCGUGACAAAGAGCUAGGAAUCGGCAUGGACGAAAAUCAGUUUGUGGAGUGGAUGGCUCGUGAGAAAGCAGACUCACAAAUGGUGGAAUUCUGGAUGAAGAAUGAAGCUGCGAAACCCCCGGCGCUAGGGGGUAAUCAGAUGGGCCUUUUUCAGGUUUCUGAGGCUGCUAUUGAAGCAAAAAUGGCUAAAAUGGACCGGUGGCGACAGUCAGCAAUGAAGCAUAAGAUCGCACAAAAUGAGUACUUGCAACAGCUUCUUUUGAGCACCGGUGAUGCACUCCUAAUAGAUUGCUGUGAAGGCGAUCCUAUGUGGACUUGCGCCUCGUCAGAGCGUGAAAUGCAGCGCUUGCUGACGAAGCCUUACGUAGGACCUGCCGAUUUGAUUAAAUGGAUGAGAAACAAGAUAUCACAUUUCAACACUGCCAGUUUGUCGUCAAUCGUUAGCAGCAACGUUAUCUGCUUCACUGCCGAGUCCGUCUUUCAUCCCCUUUAUCCAGCUGAAAUUCAAGUAGUUGAAGGACAACCCCUUUUCGCCUCGCCAGCACACUUUGUGGCCAGUCAAGCAGUAAAGUAUCUUGGUUUCAAUACGGAAGAUACGGAAUACGUCAUGGAAACUGAGUCAUCUCUUGAAUGUUGGGAACGCCUUCACGAAACAAUAGAAGCGAAAGGUCGUGGACUUGAAAGAGAGCAGAAUGUAGAUUCGAAGUUGUCUUCUGUUUCAGGCGUUGACGUUAUCCUUGGAACUGAUUCUCCAACAGAAAGUCUGAUGAUUAGUGAACCUUUCGACAUUUUGAGCCCAGAAAACUACACAUCUUUGUGGAUCAAUCCACUAUUCAUUCUGGCCAAAGAGAAGAAGGAUGCGGAUCUAAUGAAUAUUGCAUCUUGGGUGAAAAUUCCACCUCGCCUAAUAACAAUCGAUGACACGCGAAUCAGUGAAAUGGUGGAGGAAUUGUUGAAAUCGAAUGGGAAAGGCAGCAUAGAUCUACGUUCCGUUCCGUCCGAGGAUAUGCGUGCAGUGUUUAUGAAGCUAACCGGUAUGCUUCGUGCAACUCUCAAUGAAGUCGACACCUACUACAAUGACAUGCAAGCGUUGUCAGUUGAGGUCAAUCGUAUGCAAGUGAUCCGUCGAGGUCUUGAGGACACACAGGAGCGUGAGAAACGGCCGGAACGUGCGGCAGCUGGCCGCGAUAGGUUCCCGGAACGUAUGCGCGACAAAUCGCCUAUUCCAUCUCUGCUUGGUAUGGCUGUAGGACCUCCUUCGUCACAGUCACAAUCAAGCAAUCAACGACGCGAACGUGACUACAAGAUCCCAAGUCGCCGUCGUAGUCCUUUCGGGGAUGAUCGUCGACGAAGAGAUGUGGAUCGUCGACCACGAUCGCCUCCUCAUCGUAAUCACGAUGUUCGCACUCCACCUCGUCGAAAACCGGCGACUCCACCGCCAGCCCCGCAGCCAAAACCACCUAAGCAACCUCGUCCAGCAGAUAGAGAGCUGUCAGAUGGUGAGAUCUUGUCCUCCGAUGAAGACUGA